AUGAAGUCGCAAAUCGGUUUCGCCGCGCUCCUGGCGCUCUCUAACCAGGCUCUGGCCCAGCAGACGGCGUAUGGCCAGUGUGGUGGUAACGGCUGGACUGGCCUUACGACCUGCGUCUCUGGCUACUAUUGCAAUGUGUACCACGAGUUGCAUUCCCGGUCAAGCCCCCCCGGGCACAACUACCACGGCCCCGGCUCCUCCUGGCACGACGACCAGCACCAGACCUGCCACCACGGUUUCAACAACUACGUCUUCGGCGCCUCCCCCUGCGACGACAACGUCCGCAGGGUUCCUGGGAACAACCCGCCCGUUGAUGACGGCACCUUUGACCAUAUCGUUGACGCCGGCUUCAAGAGUGUCCGUAUUCCGGUCACCUACACCGCCCACCUCACCAGUGGCGCGCCCAACUGGACUGUCGACCCCGUGUGGCUGCAGCGCGUCUCGGAUGUCAUUGAUCAAGCUCUUGCUCGCAACCUUUAUGUUAUCACCAACGUGCACCACGAUUCGUGGGAGUGGGCCGACGUGCGCAGUGGCGACCUCGCUGUUAUCCAGCAGCGUUUCCGCGCCAUCUGGGUGCAAAUCGCUAAGAAACUCGCUUGCAAGAGCUCUCGUGUUUCGUUUGAAUCCAUUAACGAGCCCCCUGCCGACAACGCAGUCGAUGGCGCCAACGUCAACAAGUUCAACGAGCUUUUCGUCAGUGCCGUCAACGAGGCCGGCGGUCACAACGCCAAGCGUGUUCUCCAGCUGGCCGGCGGUGUCAGCGACCCUAUCAAGACGACUCAGUGGUUCAAGGCCCCCGCCAACAUUCAGAACCCUUGGGCCCUUCAGUUCCACUACUACUCGCCCUACGACUUCAUCUUCAGUGCCUGGGGCAAGACCAUCUGGGGCUCUGCCGCUGACCGCGCUGCUCUGACCGCCGACUUCCAGGCUGUUCGCGGCAACUUCUCCAACGUGCCCCUCGUCCUCGGCGAGUUCGACGCCAGCCCCCUCAACACGGAGCCUGCCGCACGCUGGAAGUGGACUGAUCAUCUCGCCCGCAUUGCUACCGAUCUUGGCGUUGCUCUCGUCAUCUGGGACAAUGGUCUGGAUCAUCUCGACCGGAACACUGGCGUCUGGCGCGAUCCCGUCUCCAUCGCUCUCAUUGAGGCUGCCGUUGCUGGCGAGCGCAGCUCCCUUCCCGACAGCACGGAAGAUGCCGGCGCGUCGACUCAGUCGUCGUCUGCCUACCUCUGGAACAAGGUCGGCAACGCUGUGGCUGACCAAGUGCUUCCCUGGCUCUUCAACGGUAACACCCUGACUGGUAUCACAACCCAGACUGGUGACGCCUUGUCGGCGGGUUCCGAUUACACCGUGUCCUCCAAUGCCAUCACCUUCAAGGCCGGCUUCCUUUCUGACUAUCUCGGCCCCAACGUGACUCCUGGCAGCAAGGCCAACCUUACUUUGACCUUCUCGGCCGGCGCCCACUCCAACAUUGAGGUUGUCCAGUGGGACACCCCUGUUCUCGUCACCGAGCCCGAUGCCACUCCCGGCCAGGACCUCCAGAUCCCCAUCCAGUGGAAGGGCGUGCCCGUGCUUGCCGCUGUGCGUGCUGAGGCUACCGACGGCACCAUCCUGUUCGAUGACUGGACUCAGUGGCUCGGACCUCUGCAACGUGGCCGCCUGACGUUCAACAACCACUACUUCUGGGAGGGCAGCAAUGUGAUCCUGCGCGCGUCGGCAAUCGCCGCCGUGCUCGAGCUGAACAAGGCCGUCAAGUUCACCUUUGAGUUCUACCCCCGUGUGGCGGGCAACUCGGUCACCUACACGCUCGACCCGACGGACGAGUGUUAA